AUGCUCAAAAGAAAGGCUGAAGGGGAUACUAAAGGAGAUAAAGCCAAGGUGAAGGACGAGCCACAGAGAAGAUCUGCAAGGUUGUCUGCUAAACCUGCUCCUCCAAAGCCAGAGCCCAAGCCUAAAAAGGCCCCUGCAAAGAAGGGAGAGAAGGUCCGCAAGUACAAGAAGGGGAAAGUCGAUGCUGGUAAGGAUGAGAAUAAUCCUGCAGAAAAUGGAGAUGCCAAAACAGACCAGGCACAGAAAGCUGAAGGUGCUGGAGAUGCCAAGUGAAAUGUGUGCAUUUUUGAUAACUGUGUACUUCUGGUGACUGUACAGUUUGAAAUACUAUUUUUUAUCAGAUUUUAUAAAAAUGCAGAAGUGCCAAGUGAAAUGUGUGCAUUUUUGAUAACUGUGUACUUCUGGUGACUGUACAGUUUGAAAUACUAUUUUUUAUCAGAUUUUAUAAAAAUGCAGAAGUGUUGCUUUACUGUAAACAGCUUUUCUGACCCUCCAAGAAUUAUUAAACAUAAAUAUGAAAAAGAUGAAGAAAAAUAGAGGUAAAAAGGGAAAGAGGUAAGAAAACAAAGAAAUGAAGUAAUGGAGUGAAAUAUCA